AUGUCUUUUCAUAUUUGUGGCAGGACUAAAAGAACUAGAAAAGUGGGUAUCACCGGUAAGUUCGGUGUCAGAUACGGUUCCUCCUUGAGAAAGCAAACCAAGAAGAUGGAAGUUCAGCAACACGCUAGAUACGACUGUUCUUUCUGUGGUAAGAGAGCUGUUAAGAGAGGUGCUGUUGGUAUCUGGAGCUGUGGAUCUUGUAGAAAGACCGUUGCUGGAGGUGCUUACUCUGUUUCCACCGCCGCUGCUGCCACCGUCAGAUCCACCAUCCGUCGUUUGAGAGACAUGGCUGAAGCUUAA